UUUCUCGUCCCUUCAGAAAUCUUCUUUUGUUUUCCCUUUUCUCCCAAAAAAACCAAACAACCAGUAGCAAUCGUACAUCCAUUUAUACUCCCCUUUCCAGUAUCUUUCCAGUUUUUUACGUCUGCACUCAUGAGAAUCCCUUUCUGGGUUCUCUUGCUCGUCACUCUCUGAUUCUUUUCCACUCCACUUUCAUACGAAAAGACUCCAGUCUCAUUCUUUUCUUGAAUUUGUGUCCCUGAUUUUUUUUUCUUUUUCUGCAUUAACUGCUCCAGCCUUGAAUUCUAACGCCUUCUGCGCAUCACAUUGAUCAAUCCUGUCUGGGCUUCGGUUUUUUGAUCGAUAUUUCCGUCUGGGUUUUAGUGGGUUUCUGUUAAAUUUUCUCUUUUGUGAUAUUGUUUCCCCCCUGAAUUCUUCUUUUGCUGCAGUAACUGUUCCAGUCCUUAAUUUCAGCCCUACAAUUCUUACUGGGUUUUUGUUUCUUGAUCAAAAUUUCAUCUGCGCUUUCCUUGAAUUUCGACGAUACCAGGGAAUUAGUGGGGUUGGUGGCUUAAAAUCAUCAUUCUUGAAAAAAGCCAGGAGCCAAGAAGAUAUAGGGAAAUGAAAUAUGUCUUCGUCGUUGGGGAAAAUAGUGUCAGCUUGUUGCGGGCCUUUGAGUCAAUAUGUGCGUAUGAACAGGGAUGAUAAUAGCAACCGCGAUAUUAACAAUGAAGAUGCUAGUAUUACUAUGUUAGGCGAGGAAGAUGACCCCUCGAUUUGGUACAAAGAUCUUGAGAAGCAUUUUUGUGGAGAAUUCUCUUUUGCUGCGGCUCAGGCCAAUAGAGUUAUGGAGGAUCAAGGUCAAGUUGAAACUGGAAAGAAUGCCACCUUUGUUGGAGUUUAUGAUGGCCAUGGUAGCCAUGAGACUGCACGAUUCAUCGGUGACAACCUCUUCUAUCAUCUAAUAAAGCUAGCUCAAGAAAAUGGAACAAUGUCUGAAGGAGUUAUUUGCAAUGCCUUCUCUGAAACAGAGGAUGGGUUUCUUUCAAUUGUAAAGCAGUUGUAUCCUGUUAACCGCCUAGUUGCUUCAUGGGGAUCCUGCUGCUUAGUUGGAGUAAUCUGGGAAGGGAAACUUUUUGUUGCUAAUCUUGGUGAUUCUAGAGCAGUGCUGGGUUGUGUAGGCCAAAAGAUGCUCAGCUGUCUAUGCCAAUCAAAAAGAGUUACUGCUAAGCAAUUGACCAAAGACCAUAAUGCCAAUAUGAAGGAGGUUAGACAAGAAUUACGUUCUUCACACCCAGAUGAUCCACAGAUUGUGCUUCAGAAGUUCAAUGUAUGGCGAAUCAAAGGCAUUAUACAGGUCUCUAGAUCCAUUGGGGAUGCCUACCUGAAGAAUCCAGAUUUCGCUCUUGAUGAAUCUUACCCACGAUUCCACCUUCCUGAACCUCUUCGCCAGCCUGUGCUAAGAGCUGAUCCAUCUAUAUGUACCAGAACUUUGCAACCCAGUGACAAGUUCCUCAUCUUUGCAUCUGAUGGGCUGUGGGAGCACCUGUCAAAUCAGGAAGCUGUGGAGAUAGUUCACAAAAAUCCUAGAGAGGGUAUAGCAAGGAGGCUACUAAGAUUAGCUCUACAAAAAGCAGCAGCCAAAGUUAACAGGAGUUAUGAUGAACUUAAGGGGUACGACCAGGGGAAGAGGAGGCUCUGGCAUGAUGAUAUUACUGUUGCUGUAAUUUUCCUUGACUAUGAAAUGCUGAAUAACAAGGCACCUGUGCCUGAACGGUCAUUUAGAGCAUUUGUGGACAGCAUUGCACCUUCCAAGUUCAAAAUUCUACAGGGGAAUGAUGUGAAUCCGGAGUCUGUAGAAUGACGAAUAGCCAAGGCCUUCGAGAGGAUUGUUUUCAUAAAUUCAUUACUUCAGUUUGCUUUCCAGCCUAGAAUGCUGCAGCUUACAAUUGAAAUACACACAUAUAUGCUUCUUUCAGCAUUUCAAAUGCUACAAAUGCUUUAGCUUU